CGUCCAAACCCCUCCAUCUCCUUCCUCUACACACGACUGCGCCCCCGCCGCACCGCCUGUCCCCAACCGCCUGUCCCCAAUCGGGCCAUGGACAAGGCCGCGCUGCCACUGUCCGGCAGCGACCAUGGGGCGAUGAGCGGCGGCGGCGGCGGAUCGUUCGCGAGCCUCCGCGCGUACGGGCGCGCGCUGGCGCAGACGCCGCGGCGCGUGGCGCGGCGGGCUUGCGCGGCGACGGCGCCCGGGGAGGAGAUGAGCCGCGUGCGGGCGCGGUCGGGCGCCCACAUGGCGCGCGCGCUGCGUUGGUGGGACCUCGUCGGGCUGGGCCUGGGCGGCAUGGUGGGGGCCGGGGUCUUCGUCACCACGGGCCGCGCCACCAGGCUCUUCGCGGGGCCCGGGGUCGUCGUGUCCUACGCCAUUGCCGGCCUCUGCGCGCUGCUCUCCGCCUUCUGCUACACCGAGUUCGCCGUCGACAUGCCCGUCGCCGGCGGCGCCUUCAGCUACCUCCGCGUCACCUUCGGGGAGUUCGCGGCGUUCCUGACGGGGGCGAACCUGAUCAUGGAGUACGUCUUCUCCAACGCCGCCGUGGCGCGGAGCUUCACGGCGUACCUGGGCACGGCGGUGGGCGUGGACGCGCCCAGCAAGUGGCGGAUCCCCGUGCCGGGCCUGCCGGAGGGGUUCAACCAGGUGGACCUCGUCGCCGUCGGCGUCAUCCUCCUCAUCUCCGUCUGCAUCUGCUACAGCACCAAGGAGAGCUCGUUGGUGAACAUGGUCCUGACGGCGGUGCACGUGGCGUUCAUCCUGUUCAUCAUCGUGAUCGGGUUCGUGCACGGCGACGCGCGGAACCUGACGCGCCCGGCCGACCCGUCCCAGAACCCCGGCGGCUUCUUCCCGCACGGCGCCAUGGGCGUGUUCAACGGCGCGGCCAUGGUGUACCUGAGCUACAUCGGGUACGACGCCGUGUCCACCAUGGCCGAGGAGGUGGAGCGGCCCGCGCGCGACAUCCCCAUCGGCGUCUCGGGCUCCGUCGUCGUCGUCACCGCGCUCUACUGCCUCAUGGCCGCCUCCAUGUCCAUGCUCCUCCCCUACGACGCGAUUGACCCGGAGGCGCCGUUCUCGGGAGCGUUCAGGGGGCGGAAGGGGAUGGCGUGGGUGUCCAACGUGAUCGGCGCCGGCGCGAGCCUCGGCAUCCUGACGUCGCUGAUGGUGGCCAUGCUCGGGCAGGCGCGGUACCUGUGCGUCAUCGGCCGCUCCGGCGUCAUGCCCGCCUGGCUCGCCAGGGUGAACCCCCGCACCGCCACCCCCGUCAACGCCUCCGCCUUCCUCGGUGCGUUCCGUUUCAGCUUUGACGCCUCUUCACGGCGGCGCUGGCGCUGUUCACGGAGCUGGACAUCCUGCUCAACCUCGUCUGCAUCGGCACGCUCUUCGUCUUCUACAUGGUGGCCAACGCCGUCGUGUACCGCCGCUACGUCGGCGCCGAGCUUGGGCGCGCCCGCAGCGCCUGGCCGACGCUCGCGUUCCUCGCCGCCUUCUCCCUCGUCGCGCUCUCCUUCACGCUGGUCUGGAAGCUGGCCCCGCCCGAGCGCGGCGUGCGGACGGGCCUCCUCGCCGCGUGCGCGGCGCUCGCGGUCGCCACGGUCGCCGCGUUCCAGGCGCUGGUGCCGCAGGCGCACGCGCCCGAGCUGUGGGGCGUGCCCGGGAUGCCGUGGGUGCCCGCGGCGUCCGUGUUCCUCAACGUCUUCCUGCUGGGCUCGCUGGACCGGCCCUCCUACAUCCGGUUCGGGUUCUUCUCGGUCGCCGCGUUGCUGGUAUACGUGCUCUACAGCGUGCACGCCAGCUACGACGCCGAGGAGAGCGGUCUCGACGGCGGCGGGGCAAAGGUGCAGGACGAAGCGUGCACGGUGUAGCAGGAUGCCUGGCUGACGUCAUAUAGAUAGAACUAAUCCUAAUUCGGUGUUGCUCAUGUGCCCUAGUAUGUUUUUUUUUCUCCUUACUAUUUUUGACUUGUUCUGUGCUGACGAGAGCAAAGGAAAAAAAAGGAAUCUAACAAGGGUGGGUAAAACAACCCCAUGGAAAUAGAGAAAAACAAAGGGAUAUGCAUCCUGUAAACUUGCAAAGAUGAAAAGUGUAUAUGCUCAAGGAAGGAUUCCUCUGAUCUUUCUUCGAAAAUGUUAUCCCUGUGUUCAUGACAUCCGCUUUUCAUGACU